AUGCAAUUUGCGUCAUUCGCGGGAUUAGGGGGAAUCAAUUUCCUAUUAGCGUGGAGUGGAACAGUGGGAAGUGAUAUCAUUUCAUUUCAUUUAUCGAAGCGUCAAAAUUUUGACGAGGCGCAAACAUCAAGUACCGGAUCGAUCAUCAUUUAUAAUGAAGAUAAUAGCACGGAUACAAUUUUACGUAUCCCACCAAAUCAACCGAAAAGGGAAUUAACAUUACCGACAUUUAUUAAUUCAUUGAGUCUCUAUUUGUUUGUAUUGUUUUUGGUAAUCAGUUAUGGUAGCGUUAGGUUAAAUACGGAUUUUGUCCCUUUUUAUCAAAAAAACGUUAAUGAUACUUUUAAAGAAGCAUUGAUUGAUUUCGGUUGUAUCACGAAACAGAUAAAUAAUGAUGAUUUAAAUUUUUACAUCAAUAUGACCCGGGAUUUAGCGAGUACGGGGAACAAAAUUAUUCUUUGGUCGGAGGGAAUCCCCGGCAUUACGACCGUAGACGAAUUACAUUACUUAUAUGAUUCAAUCAAAAAUAUUUCAAUGACAUAUGACGCUUACAUAGGUUUUACUUAUAUUGAAGGUAUUGACACGGAAAAAUAUUUAAAUAAACAAGUGGUAAUUAACAAUAAGGGAGAGGUUGUUAUAGACUAUAAGAAAAGUAAUCUGGUACCUUUCGUAGAGACUUUGUUCGCUAAAGGUGAUGAUAAGUUGCAAACUUUUCAGAGUGAGGAAUUGGGAACUGUUGGCGCUGCUAUUUGUUUUGAUUUUGACUUCCCCAAAUUAAUCGGUCAGGCUUCUUCUAAAAAUGUUAAUUUAAUGUUGGAUUCUAGUGAAACUUGGGUGAGUCCGGUUGGUCCGUUACAUGCUCGUAUGAACGCAAUUCGAUCAAUAGAAAAUGGUUUUACAACAUUUCGUUGCAAUUCACUUGGGUUUUCAGGAAUAUGGAAUCAAUACGGACAACCAUUACAUUAUAUACCAACGGUAAAUACGCCCAUGGUCACACUUCAAGUUCCUAUUACAAUGAUAAAGAAUAGAGUUAAAACGGUUUAUUCGAUAUUUGGUGAAUCCUUUGGUUGGAUUUGUGUUGGUAGUAUUGGGGUUUAUUUAAUUGCUAUUAUUCUGGCUCAUAAAGGUAGUGAUCGAUGGAAACUUUGGAUCAUUUAUUGGUUGUGA